GCGCUUCAUGUUCUUUUUCUUCCACCAUUGACCAACGCUGCGAGAAUUAUUUGAAGAUGGGAGAUAGAUUCAUCCCCAUACGCAACGUCAGUAAUGAGUUUGAUAUUAGUUUUGAAUCGAUUCGGAAGACAAUAAGCGAAGGGACAUCUCUACGUCGCAAGAGCUCAGGAAGUGUUCAACGACAAUUUAUGGAGCUUCUAAGCAUUGAACUUUUCGGCAAUAAGCAAGUAGCCUCAAGGACUUUUCGAUAUGGUGGUCUCAAAGAAAAGCCAGAAAGAAAUUUCUUUGAUAUUCCUACAAGAAAUUCUUACUCUUUGUCCCCUAUUUCACCUCAAUCACAAGACCUCUUGCUUCGUCCCCCGAAACCGAAAAGGAUAUUUCCUAAGGCUCCAUACAAAGUUUUAGAUGCUCCUUAUUUGGAAGAUGACUUCUAUCUUAAUUUGCUUAAUUGGGGAAAAUCGAAUAUUCUAGCAGUCGGCUUAGCAAGUAGUGUAUAUUUGUGGUCAGCAAAUAGCGGUAAAGUGGUAAAACUCCACGAUUUUGGCGAAGCAAACAAUGUGACUAGUGUUUUAUGGACCGGAAUAGGAACCAAUAUUGCUGUUGGAACAGAUUCAGGCUUCAUUCAUAUCUGGGAUACAGAAUGUACCAAGCCUAUAAGAAGUUUACGUGGGCAUUCAAAAAGAGUAGCAGCGUUGGCUUCCAACGGCCAUACUUUAACAAGUGGAGGAAAGGAUGAAAUGCUGGCUCAUCAUGAUCUACGCAAACCAGAAUGUUAUUUGAAGAUCAAAGGCCACGACCAAGAAAUUUGUGGUCUCCAAUGGGAAAGCAAUCUAGGUCAAUUGGCGUCCGGCGGAAAUGACAACAAACUCGUUGUAUGGGAUUAUCGUAAUACGCGACCAUUGCAUACAUUUUUGGAUCAUAAUGCUGCUGUCAAAGCAAUAGGGUGGAGUCCACACCAGCGAGGAAUCCUGGCGAGCGGAGGAGGAACAGUCGAUAGAUCCUUAAUGAUACAUAAUACAUUAACAGGAAAGCUUCAAAAUCGUCUCGACACGGGAUCCCAAGUAUGCAAUUUGGCAUGGUCCAAGACGUCCAAUGAGAUUGUUACUACUCAUGGCUACGCCAAAAAUCAAGUUUCACUAUGGAAGUACCCAUCACUUUCAAAUGUUGUUAAUCUUACAGGACACACGAAUCGUGUGCUUCAUUUGUCUAUGAGUCCUGAUGGUCAAUCUAUCGUUACAGGAGCAGGUGAUGAGACAUUGAGAUUUUGGAAACUUUUCAACAAAAAACCAAAGCAAGAAAGUUCAUUAAUUCGUUAACUUAUAGAAUAUCAAUCAUUUCAACCUCGUCGUCAUUGUCCCCAUCUUUGUUGGCAUCACUUGCAGAUGAUGAAGGGCCAGUUGGAGAGGCAGAUCCCUUCUGUGCAUUUUGCUGUUGAGAUAAUUCGGACUGAGAAACUUGUUGAUUCAAAAGUUCUCUCGUAGCAGCAUCCAUUGUUCCUUUAUAUUCAGGCUUUAAGCUAUAUUUCAAUGCAUAUGGACCACGUUUAUUCAAGAUGGCUAUACUAUCCAGGACUUCUUUUAAAUAAACCUUCAUAGUUCGUUAGUUUCCAUACAAUUCACUUAACGUAAAAAUAAUAAAAAUUUAGUUUCACA